CUGAAUACUGAGUGAAUACUUUUACCACUUCUGCAGUGCAAAUUUUGAGAUUUAUUGUGCUGUAAUUCGACCCCUGGCCCGCAGAGGGCGGUAGCUCCUCAGUCAAGCGUAUACCCGUAUAGUGACGUCACUAUGACGCUACUCCCACUGUAAACAGAUGUUUAUGGCCAAAGCGAGCUGCUAGCUUAUACCGCAACUCGAGCUGGGAGGCGUUCGCCCCGUGUGAUGUGCUUGUCCCGCCCGACCUUUUAGCUCAACCCCUUCCUUUUUUCGCACCCACCCUGAAGAUCCCUCACCUCCCCAGAACCGACCUCCAAAUUCUCCUCCACCUUGCGGUCACCCCUGUGAUGCCUCCCUCAUGCUGUGGCUACCUGUCACAGUACACCCAUCAUCACCUGGUCGCCUUCCUCCUUACCUUCUUUAGCUAUGUGUUCCUCCAUGCAUCCAGGAAAACCUUCAGCAAUGUGAAAGUGAGCAUUUCCGCCCAGUGGACGCCUUCUCUCCAAAAUGGCAGCGCUCCCGCUUUCUCGCCUGGCGAGACAUGGGAGAAGAACCAACUGUUUGCCAAUGAAGAGCAGGCGACGCUCUUCCUGGGAGCUCUGGACUCCAUCUUCCUUUUCUCCUACGCUGUGGGUUUGUAUCUGAGCGGCGUGAUUGGCGACAGGGUGAACCUGCGCUAUGUGCUCUGCUUCGGCCUGUGCGGCUCCGCUGCUGUGAACGUUGCAUUCGGCACCUUGACCGAGUGGCUCCACAUCUACAACGUCUACCUCUACUGCAGCCUGUGGGUGCUGAACGGGUUGCUCCAGUCCACCGUCUGGCCUUGUAUCGUCGCCGUCAUGGCCAACUGGUUCGGCAAGACUGGGCGCGGCUUCGUGUUUGGUCUGUGGAGCGCAUGCGCGUCGGUGGGCAACAUCCUGGGAGCCUUCCUGGCGUCCAGCGUGCUCAAGUACGGCUACGAGUAUGCCUUCCUGGUGACGUCGGUGGUGCAGUUCGCCGGAGGCGUCGUGCUCUUCUUCGGCCUGCUCACCUCCCCAAAUGAAAUCGGUCUGAGCACGGAUUGCCAGACGGGACUCGGCCCAGUCGACACAGACACCCACAGGCCUCUGAUGAGCGAGGAGGAGGAGGAGGCGGAGUACGAUCGAAACUGCCACUCAGCGCAGCAUGGCGACCAAGGGUCCCCGAAAGCCGUGGGCUUCUUCCAAGCUUUCUGCCUGCCCGGAGUUCUGCCGUAUUCGCUGGCGUACGCGUGCCUGAAGCUGGUCAACUACUCCUUCUUCUUCUGGCUUCCUUUUUACUUGAGCAACAACUACGGCUGGAAGGAAGUCGAGGCCGACCGGCUGUCCAUGUGGUAUGACGUCGGAGGAAUCAUCGGUGGAACCGUUCAAGGUCUGAUAACGGACUUCCUGGGAAAGCGCUCCCCGGUCUUGGCCUUAAGUCUUUUGCUCGCCAUGGCUUCUCUGGUGGGCUACAGCCACUCGCCAGCCGACAAGACAACCAACGCCGCCCUGCUGGCCAUCACCGGCUUUUUCAUCGGCGGUCCGUCCAACAUGAUCAGCUCGGCUAUUUCUGCUGACCUGGGCAGGCAGGACGCCAUCAGGGGCAGUCGGAAGGCUCUCGCCACAGUCACCGGCAUCGUGGAUGGCACAGGAAGUAUCGGAGCUGCCGGGGGACAGUACCUGGUGUCGCUAAUCGAGAGCAAGUUGGGUUGGGUGUCUGUGUUCUACUUCUUCGUCGUCAUGACAGGGGGCAGCAUUGUUUUCAUCACUCCCCUGAUCAUGACGGAGGCAAGCGCCAUGUGGAGAGAGCGGCAAACCCGCCAUCACCAACUCUGAACUCUGGAGAAAAAAAGUUUGCUUUCCUUCCUCCAAGCGUCAGAGGAUGGCGUCCUUUCGAAAAGACUGACAUGAACAUUCGCGCCUCUUCUUUUGCCUCGCCGCAACAUUUACAAUUGGACUGACAACAGCCCAGUUUGUAAAAAAUGCACUGUGGUGUUACUUUGAGACAUAUUGCAGUUCACAGGGUGCCCAUGUGGAAAUGGAUGAUGCACUAUAGACAGUUUCAGUUUCUUCUAUUCUGGUUAAGUGUCCUUUGGCGUUGGGUCCUUAGUUCCCCCCCCACACACACACACAAUCAUUCCAAUUUCCUGAUAUGACUGCAACACUAACGCUCUUUCAAUUUAAGUCUAGUUUACUUUCAGUCGGCCGGGAACUCACUUGCAUUAGCUGCGCACUGGUUUGCGGUCGCCACCUAUCACGACAACUCGUAAUGAGCUGCCGUACCGCAGUAGAAGUCAAAAUAGGCAAGGAAUGUUUUAUCAUUAUUUAUAUUUUCCUUUUUUUCAAAAGUGUGAAAGAGCAUUUUGUGUAGGACAAAUGGGGGUUGUAUGUGUGGCUUUAUCAAGCACCAAUAAAUUAUUGGUGUGCCAACAUCCUUUUAAAUGCACUUGUUAAAGCAUUUCAUCCAAUUGAAAAGUAAAGUGAAUUUAUAAGCAAUCGAUGUGACUCGUCUUGAUAUUUAUAGUUUGGAACAGUUGACAGAUUUCAACGCUAUUCAAACAACCAAUAUUCAGCAUUUUUCAUCGGAGUGAAAACUAGGUCAAAUUGCAAUGUCGCUUUUCAGCCGCUAGGUGGUGCUGUAGCCCCAGGACGGAAAAAAUCACUAAGCGUCAACUCUGUAAAUUGAAUUUGUUUUUUAUUCAUUUGAGCACACGUAAAGAAGUCACAGACAAAGGUAGCAGUGUACAAACAGCCCAGCAAUAUUCAGAAUCUUUUCAACAACUCCAUACAAAUAUACGAUUCUGGACUUUUCAAUCUUUGUUCUAGGAUACACACGUGAUUACAAAAAAUGAUUAUCAUACAUUUAUGCAGAAUACAAAAAAGAGACUGAUAUAGCUGUGACAGAUAAAUUAGAAAUAACAAUGAGAGAAUUGCGCUCAGUGAGGAAAGUGUGAAAAAGCUUAACAGUCAAAGAAGAGUUUUUUUUUUUUAAUCAUUAUUUUAAAGAUUACCAUACAAAAAUAUCUCUCUGUCAACAAUGUUGGAGUAGUGCAAAGAUCUCAGAAAUGACACAAUUAGUAAUAGCAACAAAUAGAAGGGAUAUUCAUAACUCUAAACACACAAUAUAAACUCCAAAUAAGUUAACUUUUUUUCUUAUCAAUGUUUGUCAAUCACACACGUAGAUACAAGUAAAACAAUAGUUUUCUGAAAUAUACCCUUUUCAAAGCAAGACAAUGAUUUUUGCAGUGACUGACUUUGUUGGUGCAGCAAAGAGAGAUUGAGAGACUUAAAAAAAAAAAA